GAUGUCGUCUGGUACGGAUCGGUUGGGGAAGAUAUUCAUCUAAACGAUGAAAGAACACUUGCGCGGAGCGCUUUAACUGCAGACAUCAUCGACCGGCUGGACGAGACGCACGUAGUGCUGGUCCAAAGUCCACCAAUGACUGGGAAAACGUCACUGGCGACGCUACUAUGCCAGGCUCUGGUUAAUAAACACAAGGAGGAGAAGAAGAAGGCGGUGGUGUGCAGCUUUUCGGUGGCGGGGAUGUUCGAGAACGAGACUUUUGAGGGUUUCUUCAAGAAUCGUUGCAAGCUCGACUGGGUACACGCAAAGGGGGCCCUUCCAACACGAGACCGUGCGGUCUAUCUGAUACUCGAUGAAGCGCAGUUGGUCUACAACGACUUGGCUUCGACCUUUAUUGCUUUCUGGGAGCUGGUCAAGCUUGUUCAGAUUGAUGCUGCAUACCAGGUGAGGAUCGUCAUGUUUGCAGAUUACGGCUUCAAUGUGGAGCACACUCGACACGGUACUUCGAUCGGAUGCGACGAUCGAAUGGUGUUCGGGAUCAAUGAACUAAACUUUAGGCCUGCCGAAGUAUUCGAGUAUAUCACCAAGUGGUUCAAAGGCGCCAAAGGAUUAUCGUCGUCUGCGAUGAAGACUUUUUGCACCACAGUGCAAGAGCUGACGGGUGGACACGUCGGUCUGUGCACGAGUGUCAUUGAUGCACUCAACAAAGUGUAUGAAAAGAAUUGGAGUGAUCCUCCGUCGGCUAAAACAUGGAUCCGAAUGCUACAAGGAGGGUGGCUGUAUGAACCAGACAACGGGGCGCUGUUUGAAGCAUUGGCACAAACCCGUGCGGUGAAGGUACUGGAAACUCUAAGAGUCGAGGAUCUGGAUCGACUCGAACGCGCUGUUUGUGGUGUCAAUCCGUGGUCGAACGGUGAUAUAGUCGAGCAGUGUCUUCACAAUGGCAUUUUGGUUCGAAGUGAAUGGCAAUUAAACUUCUCGUCGCCAGUCAUGUGGAGAUACUUCGUCAAGCUGCGCGUUGGUCGCAUGCCUCGAGCACUUGACGUUCCCAAAUCACUACCAGAGAUGAUCGCUCGAGUGAUGGAAGCGAUGAAUUACACUAACGUUCGCCAGGAACUUUGCAGAACGUUUUUGCCCAACGACAUAGGUAUCCCCGCAUGGCAACUGGAGUUUUACAAGGCUGUCUAUCGCUGUACACCGAGCUCUUUUGUGACGUCUGCCGACGUGGGCGCGUUGUUCGGAGCCAGUGGGUUUAUUGACUUUACGAUUGCUUCAGGCGGCCUGUUGUGGGGCAUCGAAUUGCUGCGAGAGGCGAGCAACUUGGCCGAGAGCAUUGAGCGAUUUUCGCCCGGUGGUCGCUACUCCUCGCUAGGAUUGACCGAGUUCUGUCUGGUUGACUUCCGGUGUGUUGCUUCUAUCGACGGUGACGAGAUGAAACGCAUCGCAGCAGAUAUGCGUCUUUCCAAAAACCUUUCUGUCGUGUGUAUGACGCACGAAUGA